CUGACUGGCGCUGCUGCGGGCGGGCGCGUCAGGUGAAGGAGGGAAGAAGGAGCUGCGCGAGCAGUGUGUUGUGUCUGAGCACGGACCUGCGUCUGUCGGGAGAAGGAAGAACCCAAAGAUUUAGAUUGUAAAGAAAGAAAAUAGGAGCCAUGCUUUGUCGAAGACCUGUGUUACAGGUGCUUCGUCAGUUCGUAAGACAUGAGUCUGAAGUAGCCAGCAGUUUAGUUCUUGAAAGAUCCCUGAAUCGUGUGCAGCUGCUUGGGCGAGUGGGUCAGGACCCUGUCAUGAGACAGGUGGAAGGAAAAAAUCCAGUCACCAUAUUUUCUCUAGCAACAAAUGAGAUGUGGCGAUCAGGGGACAAUGAAGCAUACCAAAUGGGUGAUGUCAGUCAAAAGACAACAUGGCACCGAAUAUCAGUGUUUCGGCCAGGCCUUAGAGAUGUAGCAUAUCAGUAUGUGAAAAAGGGGUCCCGAAUUUUCGUGGAAGGAAAAGUGGACUAUGGUGAAUACAUGGAUAAAAAUAAUGUGAGGCGACAAGCAACAACAAUCAUAGCUGACAACAUUAUCUUUUUGAGUGACCAGACAAAAGAAAAGGAAUGAACAGACGAUUCUUUGGCCAUUGUUUGACCUCAUGCCCCUUUUCUUGUCUGAAACGUGGACAUGAUGGCUGAAUCUCCAGGAGCCAUCCUGAAUAUGAAGCAGUCUUCAGAUGGAAGAUGAAAGAAACUGGGAUCUGUGAUCACCUGGGACCACCAACCCAGUCUGGACAGCCUGCCUCUGGACCUUUUUGGAAGACACAAAUAAACUUCUUUUUUGUUUAAUCCA